GCAGAAUCUUCGAGCUUUCGCAUUUUCAUCUGCCAGGCGAGAACCAUAAUUGAUGAAACCUCGUGGCUGGAGGCGACAUAAGUGGCCCCCCAUCACAACCGAGACAAGCAUCCCCGGCCCCGAUCACUUGUCAGCAACCCCAGCAACGCCAUACCGCGUACGGGGUAUGCGCAUCUUUUCCCGCCGGCGCGCCCAAUAAAACUUCCAGGGGAUGCAGCAAGCCUGCGUUGCAGGCUGUCAAAAAUCUCCUACCAUACUCUUCUCGCUCGGUCGAUAUCUCUAGCGGCCUUCCAUUCCGCUCCACUACUUCGCUGCUAUCGAGGAGACGACAAGGCUGCCUACUGUGUACUCAAAGCCCACUAACCUUCAUGAUCUGAUUCACUUUCACUCUUGAACAGUGAAUAUACAUUAUUCACAUAUUAUAAUUGGUCUAUCUGGGUGCCUGUCGUCCGAAUUGUGACCGCAUUUCAACUCAGUAAAGCUUGUGUUUCCUGGGUUACAUUCACUCUUCCUAUCCAUUUGGCAUCUUCCUCACCCAGCCAUUCACUCAUACUCCCCCUGCAAUAAUUUUCCCCUUAUCGCCUCCGAGAAAAUUACUCUGCCUAUUUGCUCUGUUGUGUUGUCUUAUGAUCUUGGUUGUCAGGUGUUGCUCUGAGUUCUAAACUGCCUCUUGCAGUAAGAGAUCUUUGUUCCCCCCCGCUAUUACAACCUACAUCUAUUUCAAUGUCCGCGACUUGAACAAUACUAUCUGCCCCCUAUUUUGUUUCGCGACUCCACUCUGGCUGGAUUUUCCGGGACGAGAACUCCCUGAUUUAACAUUGGAAGCUGAUGGAUUAGUGAUUAGGGACUUUAAAAGCCUUUCACCAUGGGCUGUUCUGGAUCCAAGGAGAUUAGCCCUGAAGAGCGGCAGGCGAUCAAACAAAAUGCAAGCAUUGACAAAAUGAUACGAAUGGACAAGAAAACAUAUGAUCGCACAGUCAAAAUCCUUUUACUCGGCGCUGGCGAAUCAGGAAAAUCUACUAUCAUAAAGCAGAUGCGCAUCAUCCAUGCAGGCGGUUUCCCAGAAGAUGAACGCCGACAGACCCGCGCUAUUAUCUAUUCAAACAUGAUUGUGGCCUUUAAAAUCUUGCUGGAUAUAAUGGAAGCUGAAGGAAUCGAGUUUGAGGCUGCUGACACAAAGUCAUUCGCGCAAGUCAUAGAAGAGACUGAGGCAGACGUGGAGUCUGAUGAGGCGUUUACCGAUUUAAACGUUCGACAAGCGAUGAAGAGCAUGUGGGCGGAUCCAGGAGUUCAAAAAGCUGUCGCAAAAGGUCAUGAAUUUGCUCUUCACGACAAUCUCGACUACUACUUUAAUUCCUUGGACCGCAUAUUCACACCUGGAUGGCUUCCGAAUAAUCAAGAUAUGCUCCAUUCGCGACUGCGCACGACCGGCAUCACUGAGACCCUCUUCGAGUUAGGCCAGAUUAAUUUCCGGAUGAUGGACGUUGGCGGACAGCGCUCAGAGCGUAAAAAGUGGAUCCACUGCUUCGAAGGAGUUCAAUGUCUACUCUUUAUGGUUGCGCUAUCCGGCUAUGAUCAGUGUCUUGUCGAAGACCAGACUGCGAAUCAAAUGCACGAGGCGAUGAUGCUCUUCGAAUCUCUGGUCAACGGGGAGUGGUUCAGGAGAAAACCAGUCAUCCUUUUCCUCAAUAAAAUUGACCUUUUCAAACAAAAAGUCCCUACUUCACCCGUGUCGAAGCACUUCCCAGAUUUCAAGGGCCCAGACGGCGACUACCAGGCAGCAACGAAAUUCUUUUCAGAUAGAUUCAAAGGCAUGACCCGUAUGCCUGAGCGAGAAAUCUACGUCCAUCACACUAAUGCCACCGACACGACUCUUCUAAAAGCGACCAUGGACUCGGUGCAGGACAUGAUCAUCCAAAAGAAUUUGAAUAACCUUGUUUUGUAGGCUCCGUGAUACCCAAAAAGUCGCAUUCCUUGCAGAUGAUGUUUUUUUUGCAUUUGCGUCUUUGCAUCCUACCAUGUGCAAUUAUGUCUCUUGCUACUAUGUUCCUAUAUUUUUAGUUUUCGGGAGUUUCUAUAUUCCUUUCCUUUUUUUCCCUCCCUUUGAGUUGGGAACCAUUUGCGAUGCUCGAAUCCAUUGCAGACGGUAAUAGUUCUUGUGUCCAUAUUCUCUUUUCAUGCCCACACGUAUUUAAACCCUUGACGUUCGGCCUAUCUCCGCUUCUUUUUAUAUUCCUUGCCCGAUACGUUUAAUUUUUCUGGUGUCUGAUAGAACUUUAUGCUUUCGCCUUUCUCCUUGCGCGCUUUUCUUUGACUCGUGGCGGCACUCGCGAAGACAAUCGCUCGGGGCACCACCCCUUUCUUUAUAUUCUCUAAGCAGGCGACAUCUUAUCGAGCUAUUCAGGGUUAGUGCGCAUAUGCAAGCUAUGGGAGGAUCAUUUGUGUUUCUUUAGGUCGCGAUGGCGAGUUUGGGCUUCGAACCGGCUCAAACUUUAAAGCAGUGGAAGGACUCGAUCCUGGUACUUUUUCACGCCGAUUUUCGGGAAUUGUUACGCUAGAUGCUGGGACGAUAAAUUAUGGGUUGACUGUGUUUCAAUGCUGCUGUUUAACGAUGCAACUUGUUCUGUGCUCUUGGUCAGGUUCUCCACAAGGUCUCUCCAGGAAGGGAGCAACAUGCGGACUUGGGAGGCUGCGGAAGCGGCUAGCUGAGAAGCGCAGUGAUCGACAAGAUAGAGUAUGAAAACAUGAUUAAUGGUUGUGGUCUUCGCUUGCCCCUGGCUGCCGCUCAUACAGCUGCCUGACCCCGCGUUUGCGAACGACUCGAUUAGUGACUAGGUUGAGACGGAAACCAGCCGACACAGAACGAAUUGGCCUGGCGUUAGUUAACUAGUUAGUUACCCCUCUUGCGUAGCUGUGUAUUCUCAAGGU